AUCGACUUUUCUUUUUAAAUUCUUUCCACUUGACUCUGUUCCUCAUAUCUGCUGCGACAUCGAAGUUUAGUUUCAGUUCAGUUCAAAUAAUAACACAAAUAAAACGCUUAAGUGCAACUUGAACAUUUUUAUCUGCUUUCUAGAUGCUUCAUAUGUGUGAUUAUGUUUUAUUUGUGUUUAGUGACGUUAUAAACCUUGACACGACUUCUUUUCGACUCUCAUUGUUGCUGUUCGUCAUUGCUUUAACUUUUUUCUAGCGAUAUGUAUAAUGUAAAAUUUUAAUUUACUAUAUAUAUUAUUAUUUCAUUUACAAUGAUAGACUUUAAAGAGCAACAUUUGCAUUGUGCAGAACUAAAAACAUGAUGAGAUUAUUAUCCAGUCAUGACACAUACAUCAGUAAACACAUCAGCUGUUUUUAGUUGAUACAGUGAUGAAGGUUGACCUGACAGCAACACAUUUAACCUGUGAACACAUGUAGAACUACCAGCUUUUUAUUUUGAUACAAUCAACAGUUCAUAUGAGUAAUUACAGCGUUCAUGUGUCUGUGUCUCUGCUGCUUCAUCUAAAGAUGUCUGUCUCUACUUGGAAGUGGAAUUUAAAACAUCCUUUUGUAAUGGUCUGUCACACAAAACCUCUUUGACUUGAUUCUAUGUAAAGUUUUGGUUGGCAGACCCAACAUUUAUGUAGUCAUCAGGCUUUAGUCAAACACAUUCAUAUCAGUCCAAGCAGCUGGUGACUUGGUCUAAAGUCUUUAUAGAAACAGAACAAAAUGAAAACUUUGCUUUUGUUGCUUCUCUGCUGCCGUGUUUCAUCAACAGUGAAACACUCACUGAAAUAUUUCAUCACUGGAUCCUCUGGAGUCUCAGACCUUCCAGAACUUGUGGCUGUUGCAUCUGUUGACGACGUCCAGGCUGGAUACUGUGACGGCAUCAGCAAGAAAUUAGAAUUAAAACUGGACUGGGAGAAGAAAGUCUUUGAAAAUGAUCCAGAUCAAUUGAAGAUGUACAAGGACGGAUGUUUUACGAUUUAUCCUAACUUCUUCAAAACCACAAUGUUCAGUCUGAAGCAGAUCUUCAACCAGAGUGAAGGUGUUCACAUUUUACAGCUUAUGCAUGGCUGUGAAUGGGAUGAAGAGACUGGAGAGGUCAUGGGCUUCUUACAGUAUGGUUAUAAUGGAGAAGACUUGAUUGCUCUGGAUCUGAAGACAUUAACAUGGAUCACUCCAAAACCUCAGGCCGUCUCCACCAAACUGAAGUGGGAUUCAGAUAUAGCCAAUAUAAAAUUCAACGAGCAUUUCUUCACUCAGACUUGUCCUGAGUGGAUGAAGAUGUAUUUACACUAUGGGAAAAGCUCUCUGUUAAGAACAGACGUCCCCUCAGUGUCUCUCCUCCAGAAGACUCCCUCCUCUCCAGUCAGCUGCCACGCUACAGGUUUCUACCCUGACAGAGCCAUGAUGUUCUGGAGGAAAGAUGGAGAGGAGAUUCAUGAAGGAGUGGAACAUGGAGAGAUCCUCCCCAACCAUGAUGGAUCCUUCCAGAUGAAUGUUGACCUGGACAUUUCAUCAGUCUCACCUGAAGACUGGAGGAGGUACGACUGUAUGUUUCAUCUCUCUGGUGUGGAGGACGACAUCAUCAUCAAACUGGAUGAAACACAGAUCAGAACCAACUGGGAGAAGUCCAGUAACCAGACCUCCAUCAUCAUCAUCAUCAUCAUCUCUGCAGUGGUUGUUGUUGUCGUCUUUGCAGCAGCUGCUGGAUUCAUGGUUCAUAGAAAGAAACAAGACCAAAAGGCUCCACCUGACCUUACAGAUAGUGAAGACAGCUCUGAGCUCUCUGAGAGACUGGAUCCAGGAACCUGAUGGAGUUGAUUCAUAACUCGUUAGUCUGUCAAACCAAACUCAGCAUCAUUUUCUGCUCUAUAAUGUUCUGGCUUUGCUACAGCUUUGCACACUUAUAUGGUAACCAUAGUUACUAUAGAUCCACUGUUGAGGAAGCACUCCCUCUUGCAUGGAUGGGGUCAAGACAGUAUUACAGAUGUGGAAAUAGUAGAAUCAGGGCUUCCCCUUACAGCCCGUAUGGUGCUUUGGCAGAAGUCCCAGUGCUGAUAUCUGGAAUUAUUCUCUGUGUAUUGGAAUAAAUCGACUCAAUUGGA